AUGACAGAGUCUUCUUCCUUGGCUACUUGAAGCAGAAAAGUGUCAGCGAAGCAACAGAGAGCUCCAAUUAUGAUCCUUCACAGAAAGGGGACAAUGGCAUCUUGGCCUUUCUCUGGGCCCUGGAGAGUCUCUGAUCCAAUUCUGUUCCAAGUGACCCUGGUUGCUGCUCUGUUGGCUACUGUUCUUGGCAAUUGUGGUCCUCCCCCUUAUUUACAAUUUGCUUCUCCAAUAAAUGAGUUGAAUGAGACAGAGUUCGAAACUGGAACUACUCUGAAAUACAGCUGCCGCCCUGGCUACAGUAGGACAACUUCAAGAAGUCACGGUCUUACCUGUGACUCAACAGGCAGUUGGAAAUACAGGGACUUCUGUGUCAAGAAACGAUGUGGAAACAUGGGAGAAUUACUUAACGGGCAAGUGACAGCUAAGACAGAUUACUCUUUUGGAUCACAAAUAGAAUUCAGCUGUUCAGAAGGGUAUAUCUUAAUUGGCUCAGCCACUAGUUUUUGUGAGAUCCAAGAUAAAGGAGUUGGCUGGAGUGAUCCUCUCCCCAUUUGUGAAAUUGCCAAGUGUGAGCCUCCUCCAGCCAUCAGCAAUGGGAAGCACAAUGGUGGAGAUGAAGACUUCUACACUUAUGGCUCUUCUGUCACCUACAGCUGUGACCCUGACUUCUCAAUGUUAGGCACAGCCUCCAUUUCUUGCAGACUGGAAAAUAAGACAAUAGGUGUCUGGAAUCCAAGCCCUCCUACUUGUAAAAAAAUCACUUGUCCUCAGCCAGUGGUUAAAGAUGGAAAAAUAAUCUCUGGAUUUGGACCCAUCUAUACUUAUAAACAGUCUAUUGUAUUUGACUGUGAUAAAGGUUAUCGUCUCAAGGGCAACAACUUAAUCCAUUGUGGAGCUGAUAACAGCUGGCAUCCUCCUCCUCCCAUUUGUGAACUCAAUGGCUGUGCUGGCUUACCAUACAUCCCUCAUGCCAUCUGGGGACAAUAUGGCUACCUGAAGCCAACAGAAGAGGAAGUGUAUGAUAUUGGGACUGUACUGAGGUACUUCUGCCUUUCUGGCUAUAAACCCAAGGCAGAUGGGCCCAUGACUGUGACUUGUCAGAGAAAUUUGGAGUGGACCCCAUACAUACAAUGUGAGAAGGUUUGUUGCCCAACACCAGAACUGAACAAUGGCAGAAUCACUCAACCGAGAAAAAGCGGCAUUGACAAUAGCUGUACCUAUUUCUAUGGAGAUGAGGUUUCAUAUACAUGUCAUAAUAAAUAUACAUCUCAGGCUAGAUGCACAGCAGAUGGCACGUGGAGUCCCAAAACACCAGAAUGUUACCCAGAUUGCAAUUCUCCUCCUGUCAUUGCCCACGGACAUCAUAAACUAAAUUUAUUCCUUGGAUUUAUAAGUGGUGCUGCUACCUAUGAAUGUGAUGAAGGGUACACCCUGGUUGGAAGGAACAAACUCUCCUGCACUUCUUCAGGCUGGUCACCUGCAGCCCCUCAAUGUAAAGCUUUGUGUCUGAAACCAGAGAUAGAACAUGGAAGGUUAUCUGUGGAUAAGGAUAGAUAUGUUGAACCUGAAAAUGUCACUGUCCAGUGUGACUCUGGCUAUGGUUUGGUUGGUUCCCAAAGUAUCACUUGUUCAGAAAACAGAACAUGGUACCCGGAGGUGCCCAAGUGUGAGUGGGAGUACCCUGAAGGCUGUGAGCAUGUGGUCAAAGGCAAGAAACUCAUGCAGUGUCUCCCAACCCCAGAGGAGGUGAGAUUGGCCCUGGAGGUGUAUAAGCUGUACCUGGAGAUUCAAAAACUGGAGCUUCAGAAAGAUGAGGCAAAGCAAGCCACUCAGAGUGUUCACUGUAAUGUUUCCCACGAAGAGGAGGAAAAUGUGCCUUGA